UUGCUUCCCAAACUUCAGUACAGAAACAGAUCACACGCCGUACAACAACCUAAGGAAUCCAAUAUUAUUUAUAGAAAAAUAUAGUAAAAAAUAAAAAAAAGGCAAUAAAAUGAAUCGCAUUCUGGAAGAUGUGAUCCGCAAGAAUAAACCGAUGGUGGAGCGUAUUACAUCUGAGAACACAAUGGGCUAUGUGGUCUCGGAUAAUGCUGCCAGUGCCGUGGCCGAAUCUUCCUUUGAUAACACCAGUGCCUUGGCCAUCAUCAAGCACAUGAACGGAGCUCUCGUGGGUAUGGCCCAAAGUGUCAUUCGUGACUUGGAUCCGACAAACAAAUUGUGUUACUUACGUGUGGCCACACGUAAAUUCGAAUAUCUCAUUGCCCCGGAGGAGGUCUUUACCAUAACCGUGGUGCAGUAAAUUAUAUCAAAGGGUGCUGUGUAUGUGUGUGUUUGUGUUGAAUAUAACUUAAAUAUAUUAACUGCCUAUGGAAUGCCAAA